CUCCUCCGAGAAUACGAGACCAAGAUUGAGAAUCCGCCAUGAAGAUUCGCUCCAUUAAGCUUCGGGAAGCCCACAAGAACAGCAGCGGCGACGCCUCCGUAUGCUCCAUUUUGUGGGACCAGAGCGGCGACCACAUCGUCACAGCCUCCUCUUCCGAUUCCUCGAUUUGCAUUCACGAUGCCAUUUUUGCCGCCACUCCGCCCAAAGUUCUGAGAAAUCACAGAGAUGGUGUCACCGCUCUGGCUCUCAGCUCUAAUUCCACCUGCCUCGCCUCCGGCUCCGUUGACCAUUCCGUCAAACUCUACAAAUUCCCAAGUGGAGAGUUUGAGACAAACAUUACUAGAUUUACAUUGCCGUUAAGGGCACUUGCUUUCAACAAAUUGGGUACUAUGUUAGCAGCUGCUGGUGAUGAUGAGGGCAUUAAACUCAUAAAUACUAUUGAUGGUUCAGUUGCAAGAGUUCUUAAAGGGCAUCGAGGGUCUGUCACUGGCAUAGCUUUUGAUCCUAAAAGUGAAUAUCUGGCUUCAGUUGAUUCCAGAGGGACUGUCAUACAUUGGGAACUUCAGUCAGGAAGAAUAAUUCAUACCCUAAAAGACAUAGCUCCUGUCACACGUUUGGGCGAUGCUUUCAUAAAUAUGCUUAGCUGGAGUCCUGAUGGAGAGCUACUAGCUGUCCCUGGUUUGAAGAAUGAUGUGGUGAUGUAUGAUAGGGACACUGCUGAAAUGCUGUUUUCACUGCGAGGUGAUCACGUGCAGCCUAUUUGCUAUUUAUCAUGGUCACCUAAUGGAAAGUACAUGGCUACUUCUGGGUUAGAUAAGCAGGUUUUGAUAUGGGAUGUUGAUAAGAAACAAGAUAUUGAUAGGCAGAAAUUUGACAAUAUGAUAUGUUGUAUGGCAUGGAAGCCACAGGGAAAUACUUUGGCGGUCAUUGAUGCUAUGGGGAAAUUUGGUUUAUGGGAAUCAGCUGUGCCUUCAUCAAUGAAAUCUCCCACUGAAGAUGUUCCUAGCUGGGGAUCAAAGGGUAGUAAUGGAUUACUUCUGUUUGAUGAAGAAGAAGAACCCAGUGCAGCUGGUAGUUUGAGUGAUCCUGGGGAAGAUAGCCAUGAUGAAUCUGAUCUGCCUAGCCGAAAAAGAUUACGGAAACAGUCUAUUUGUGAUGAUGACUGGGAAGAUUUUAAUGAGUUGGAUUCAUUUGCAAAACUUGAAUCUCGCAAAAAGCCUGCUCAUGGUCACCAAGCUAGCUUGGAUAGGAAGAAAGCUGAAUUAAAAAGCACUGCCGUAUCAACCGGCCUGAAAAUGCAGGAAGCUUUUCAGCCAGGAGCUACUCCUGUGCAACCUGGAAAGAGGCGCUUUCUCUGUUACAGUAUGCUUGGUAGUAUAACCACUAUGGAGCAUGAAGGAUAUUCUCAUAUAGAGAUAGAUUUUCAUGAUACAAGUAGUGGCCCACGAGUUCCUGCUAUGACUGAUUACUUUGGCUUUACCAUGUCUGCUUUAAAUGAAAAUGGAUGUGCAUUUGCAAAUCCGUGCAAGGGUGAGAAGAACAUGAGCACGCUUAUGUAUCGUCCAUUCAGUAGCUGGGCUAAUAACAGUGAGUGGUCCAUGAGAUUUGAAGAAGAAGAAGUGAGGGCUGUGGCACUUGGAAAUGCAUGGGUAGCUGCCAUUACAAGUCUUAAUUUUCUUCGCAUCUUUUCUGACAGCGGUUUGCAGAGAUAUAUUCUCUCUCUUGAUGGACCAGUAGUUACUGCAGCAGGAUUCAAGGAUGAACUUGCAGUUGUCACGCAUGCCUCUCCUUCUCUUCCCUCUAAUGAGCAGGUUCUUGAAUUUAGGGUUUUCAAUAUUCGCAAUGGUACACAACCUCUACGAGGGAGACUCCCAUUGACUCCCGGUUCCUCUUUAACAUGGUUUGGAUUCAGCGAGGAAGGCCAUCUAAGUUCUUUUGAUUCUAAGGGUGUGUUGAGGGUCUUCAUAAAUCAAUUUGGAGGCAAUUGGCUUCCUCUCUUCAGUGAAAGUAAACUGAAGAAGCCAGAAGAGAAAUAUUGGGUUGUUGGAUUAAAUGCAAGCAAGUUGUUUUGUGUUGUUUGUAAGUCCCCUGAUUCUUUCCCACAGGCCACUCCUAAACCAGUCCUCACUUUAUUAGAUCUUUCCUUUCCUCUUGCUUCCUCUGAUCUCGGAGCAGAAAAUCUGGAGAAUGAAUUCAUAUUGAAUAACAUGCAUCUAUGCAGGGUUCAGAAAGCAAUCGAGGAAAAGAUAGCGGUUGGGCAGGACAGCACGUUGCUUGAUGACGAGGCAUUCAACCUUGAAACCGCUCUUGAUCGAUGCAUCUUGAGGCUCAUUGCAUCCUGCUGCAAUGGUGACAAGCUGGAGAGAGCAACUGAACUAGUCAAACUUCUUUCACUGGAAAAAUCAGUGAAAGGGGCAAUAAAGCUUGUUACAGCCCUGAAGCUACCAAACUUGGCAGAACGCUUCAGCACCAUAUUGGAGGAACGUUUAAGCAACGAAGCAAUGGCGAGCAGCGUUGUAGCUGAGUCAAACCUGAACUACUCUUCCUUCAGAGCCAAUGCUGUGUCCAAUAUUACACCAGAAAGCAGUAAAACACUGCACAUUUUAUCAACAACCCCUUCCUCCUCUACAAGGAAGGCGGGAUUGCCAGAGCAACCUGCACAAGCCCGAGCUAUUCCAUCAGCCAAGGCGGGAGAGGUGAGAAUCAGCACAGAAGAUUCAAAGACCCGAGCUAUUCCAUCAGCAAAGGCAGGAGAGGUGAGAAUCAGCACAGAAGAUUUAAAGAGCCAUAAGAAGGUUAAUGAUGGAGAGAAGGUGGAAAAGAUGAAGGUUAAAAAUGAGGGAGUUGAUGGAAUGAAGCCGGUUCGCCCUUCUAAUCCCUUUGCCAAGUCAUCAAACACCCAACAUACUCCAUCCUUGUUUGACUCCCUCAAGAAGAUGAAUGGUGAGAGCACAAGUAAAAAGUAGAACUGUAAGCUUGUCACUGUUAUUUUACCCAAUAUACUAACAUCAGUUGUAACAAAAUCCGAUUAUGUAAUUAUGUUGGUAUAUAUGUUUUUUUUGCAA